AUGGCAUGUCCCCUUAAACACAGCUUAUCCGGCCCUGUCACCGUGCAGCAGUUUUUCCAGAGCUUCGGCGAGGCAUGGAGGAACACCCCGCGGUAUCAGCGCGUACCGCGCCGAAUAGGUAUCGCGGUCAGCGGUGGCGCUGAUUCCAUGGCUUUAGCCCACCUAUGCAGGCAAUUACAAGUCACCAAGCCCGAGCUUGACUUGAUCGUAAAAGCAUUCAUUAUCGAUCACAAAGCACGCAAAGAAAGCUCCGAAGAGGCCUUCAGGGUUGCAAGCUGGCUGUCAAAUUUAGAAUCUAUCUACCUGAAGUUAAGCUCUGACGAAACCACCCUUCUAGGAAUUGAUGCUGAGAUACUGGCUUUAGACUGGUCAUCAGAGAAAAAUUCCACUAAUAUGGUGACGGCAUUCGAGACCCAUGCUCGAACGAAACGGUAUCGAGCUUUGGGAAAGGCAUGCUACGAGAAUCGCCUCAGCGCGCUAUUGACUGGUCACCAUUUGGAUGAUAAUGUCGAAACAGCAAUACUGAGACUAACCCAACGUUCAAAGCGUGAGGGGCUCGCUGGCAUAGCCCCUGUGGCUCAAAUCCCUGAAUGCCAUGGCUUAUGGGGAUUAUCUGAGAGUGGAUCCUUUCAGAGGAUCGAAGGUCGCCAACAACGCAGAUUCGGCGGUGGCGUUGAAUCACGAACCCUAAAUGCAGACACCACUCGACAUCAUAAUCUGCCACAGACAAAACCAAAGGCAACAUCUUUCUUCAGCAUGGCAACGGGUGGGAUCCUGCUUUGUCGUCCGCUUCUACCCUUUCGCAAAUCCAGCAUAUUAGAUACAUGUCACCAAUACAAUGUCCCAUACGUAACGGAUCCCACUAAUUUUGACGCCACACUCACGACAAGGAACGCCAUUAGGAGCCUUCUCGCUGCUAACAGACUACCCCGUGCCCUGCGGCCCUCUUCAAUGAGUUCAUUUUUGGCCAAAAACCGGGAUUCGCUGCGAAAUGUCAGGCUGCAGACGGAUAAAUUACUUCAGGAGUGCAAGCUUCUUGAAUUCCAUGCUGAGACGACUACAAUGAAAGUCCAAUUCCCAUCGCAACCCGUUUUUUCAGCAAUAGAAACAAAUAGUGCGCCGCGGAUUCAAGCGGCGACACUCCGUCGCAUUACAGAGCUAGUAUCUCCUCUUGAGGACAGGAAAAGCCAUUCUUUUAACGAAUACGAGAGAUUUGCGCAUAUGAUGUUUACCGGUCAACAGAUGGAGGAUUUUACAGUUGCAGGAGCUCAUUACCGUCUGCUACGACCGAAUAAUGACGAUAGAAACGACUCAGGACAAAGCUCCAGUCCCACUUACAAUAAUAAUAACAUCUGGCAUAUCUCAAGAGCCCCCUUUAGAGCUCGGCUUGAGCCUAUACUCGCCAUUGGGGAAAUACAUGCCGAUUGGUGCACCCCUAUCUUGUGGGACAAUAGGUACUGGUUCCAAUUCCGACUUGAUCCAUCAUCAUCAUCAUCAUCCUCUUCUUCUUCUUCUUCUUCUUCCUCUUCCUCUUCAGGUCCUCCGUGUUCUAUAAAAAUUCGUCCCCUCGAAAGCAACGACAUGUCACACGUCAACAUGUCACUAAAAAACACAAGUCACUCGAAAAGUAUUUUCAGACACAUGGCACCUUUCAAAUCUCGAUUCACGUUACCUAUCUUGACUGCUACUGCUAGCACAACUCAUACGAUGGAUGGGAGUAGCGUUGUAAACGGCGAAGAAGAGGAAAGAUAUCUCGCCUUACCCACGCUGGAUAUGAGGUUGGGCGAUAUGCCGGAUUCUCCAAGAAUAGAAUGGAAAUGGGGGUACAAGAAGAUCGAUGUUGAGGCACUAAGAUUGAUGGGCUGGCUUGAUAAUUGA